ACUCGCUGAACCUGAUUUUACGGGACAGGAGCCUUUUUAAAACGGCAGGAGACGGUCCGCUGAAAGAGGAAGACGGGGUUAUGAUUAUAUCUCCAUUAAAGGUUUUUACACAAGUUUAUGCGAGUUUCACGACCCACUAUGGCAGUGAACUUGAGUAAGAACGGACCCGCGCUUACAGACGCUUAUAACGAAGUGGUGAACGGGAGAACGGACACAAACUGGGUGUUGUUCACCUAUGAGGGAAACAGUAAUGACAUUCGGGUGGCAGGGAAGGGAGACGGCGGGCUUGAAGAAAUGGUAGAUGAACUGAACAGCGGCAAAAUCAUGUACGCCUUCUGUAAAGUGUUGGACCCCAGCUCUGGAGUUCCCAAGUUUGUGCUCAUCAACUGGACUGGUGAGGGAGUCAAGGACGUUAGAAAGGGUGUUUGUGCCAAUCACGUUCAUUCAAUGGCCAGUUUUCUGAGGGGUGCCCAUGUGACCAUCAACGCUCGCUCAGACGAUGAUGUUGAACCUGCUGCCAUCAUGGAGAAGGUGGCCAAGGGCUCGGGUGUCAACUACAACAUCCACAAGGAAUCAAAGCAGAACAAUAAUUGUGAACCUCCCGGACGUGUGGGUUCUGUUUAUAAAAAGGUCAGUGCUUCUGCUGAGAUCCAAAGUACGGCGAGAGACAACUUCUGGGCUAAAGCUGAGCAAGAUGAAAAGACUCGGCGGCAGGAGGAGCGCAGGAAGGCAAAUGAGGAGCGGCAGCGUCUGGAGGAAGAACGGAGGGAGCGGGAUGCUCGAGAGGCUGACGAGCGAGAACAAAGGAGGAGGGAGAGAGAGAAAGAGAUCGACCAGCAGAGGCAGUUUGAAAAGAAACAAGAGGCUGUGAAUAAAGAACAGGAGCAGAAAAAAUGGGAGAAAGAGCAGAAGGAACAACCGUCUCCUGUCAAAGCAGGAAUACUGCGAUCAGAGUCUGUGCAGAAGGCCAAUGAGGCAGCAUCAAUCAUCUCUCAGCGUUCCAUCAAUCCCAGGGAGCUGUUCAUGCAGAAGGAAAGAAGUUUGUCCAGCAGUGCAAUGACUUCUUCAGCCACCCGUCCAGGUCAGCUGAGAAGCCCAUUUUUAUCCCAGCAAGCAGUCAGUGCAGAAAACCCUCCCAAUGAAAGCAGGUCUCAGCUCUUAUCUCCGGCAGCCGCCUCGGUUUCACGAGUACCGGCUCUAGUCUCUCCUGUGAGCAAAACUCUGGCUUUCCCAGUAGAAAAGAAUGACCCUUUUUCUGAUAAUCCAUUUGUGUCUGAACAAGCUGAGGGUUCUGAAGAUGAAUGGGAUGAUUCAGGUGAGGAGGGAUUGAGCCCUGAUGCCGGGAAGCAGCAAAGUUAUGAUUUAAACAACAUCUACACAGACGUCCCCUCGCAUGAAAAUCUCUAUCAGAACUUGAACCAGGAUUUCCAAACCCAUGCUGGUGAAGAAGAGGAGGCGGGAGAAAACCCGAACAUCUGUGCAAGAGCACUAUAUGACUACCAAGCUUCGGAUGACACAGAGAUCACCUUUGACCCGGAAGAUAUUAUCACAGGGAUCGAGAUGAUAGAUGAGGGCUGGUGGAGAGGUUACGGUCCUGACGGUCACUACGGCAUGUUUCCUGCUAAUUAUGUUGAGCUUCUUCAGUAACCGACCAGAUGCAAAACAAGCGACACAAUGAUUGUGUGCGUGUGUGUGUGUUUUGUGCUGAUGUUACUGAUGUAACAUUUGCUUUCUUACUUCAUCCAAAUAAUCUUCAAUAAAAGUUUUAAUGUUC